AUGCAAGAUGUCAACUUCAACACCGAUCAAUUUCCUCCUCACAAUGUCGACCAGACCCUUGCGCCACCGCUAAUCGUUGGCGACGAUGUCAACUUCGCCGACUUUUCCUUCGCCGACACCGCAUUCGACUUUGGCCAGCCGGAUACCAAGACCGACGACUUGCCCUUCCUCUUCGGCGCCGAUUCCAGCAACCUACAACCUGUUGCCGAUCACUUAAACGCCGCUCCAACCGAGCCUGCACCCUCAUCGGCAUCCUUGUGGCCACCCAUCGGUCAGAACAUUGAUGCGCCGCAGCAAGGCGAACUGCUUGCUCCUAUCAUUCUCGGCAGCAACGACUACCCCGCUACAGGGCCAGCAUCUGUCUCGAGCACUAGUCAACAUCGCAGUAGUCCUGCCUCUACCUCACACGCCCGCACAAGUGUAUCGUCAAUAUCGCCGGCGCCAGAGCAAGCGGAACAACCUGUCAAGAAAAAGGGUGCAAGGAAGCGAAAAGUGUCAAACAGCGAUGAGGAACAGCAGAGCCCAGAAGAUGGAGGUCCCCCGAUCAAAAAGACGUCGCACAAUGUCAUUGAGAAGCGAUACCGCAACAACCUGAACGACAAGAUCGCCGAACUUCGCGACAGCGUUCCCAGUCUGAGAGCAAUGUCGCGACCCAGCGGCAAUGACGACUCUGAGGAUCUCGAGGGCUUGACACCGGCGCAUAAGCUGAACAAGGCCACAGUACUGGCCAAGGCUACCGAAUACAUCAAGCAUUUGGAGAAAAGAGCAAAGACACAGGCAGACGAGCUGACUCAACUCAAGACUCGCAUGGCGAACAUGGAGAAGGCUAUGGCAAGAUCUGCUGCUGCCAGCCAACAUGCCGGUAUUCUCACACCCGCUAUUGCCCGCUCAAGGCAGGGCUCGAUAGCUUCCCAAGCACCAAGACGCAUCCAGCAAGACCAAUACAUGCAGCAACAUUCACAGCCCAGCUACGAACCUCAAGAGACCGUUGUGGAACCUGGACAAACCAACCUCGUCAACGCUCGAGGUGCUGGCAAUGGCUUCGUCGGCAAACUCAUGAUCGGCUCGCUGGCUGCUCUCAUGGUCAUGGAAGGCUUCCACGAGCAAGAACAAGACUCUCACUCCACAUCAGGAAGAGGUCUGUUCGCUGCCCCCGUGCAUUUAAUCAAGCGUGGUCAAUUCCUCAGGUCUCCAUCGCAUGCUGCUUACGGCUCAUCAGCCCAGGCCGCGCUUCCUCUGCUCAAGACCUUCCUGGUUCUGGGUGCAUUUAUCUACAUUCUACUUCCUCUGCUUCGCUUCAAGCCUCAACCGAAGCAGAAGCAACCGAUUCGUAUUAGUCUCACAGCCGCUCCUUCCCUUGCCUCACCGGUCGAGGUCCGCCGCAAGGCUUGGCUUACCGCAGUGCAGAGUGUUUGGAUGCCGCGUCACUUCUUGCUUGAAGUUGUUUCUGUGACAUGCAAGAUGAUCAUGCUUAGCUUGCGUCGUCUUGUCGGCUCCGAGUUCUACUCGCGUGUCUCUGGCAAGACUCCUGAUGACGAAGCCGCUCGUAUCAAGGCAUGGGACAUUGCCGUUGAUGCUCAACUUGCUGGUGGUGAUGCCGAGGUCAGCUACUACCGCUUGCUGCUUACCCUCAUGGCCUCCGGUACUUUGCCAGACUCGCCCAUCCGUCUUAUGCAGAAGGCUGUCCACUUCCGUAUAUUCUUCUGGGAGGUCGCUAAUGCCGGUUAUGGCAACAUGUUUAUGUUCCGCGACUUCACCGCCAAAGUGGGCAGAGUGUACUGGGACUCUGCUCGUAAGCAACAGCAUGCCCUCGCUGCUGGCGAGUACACCGAGAAGCAGAUCGCCGAUGACAAGAUCGAGAAAUUGCCCGACUAUCUCGCUGAAUUGAUCGAGCUCGACUGUGACGACGUUCUCACUGACGAGAUGAUUCAACGUGCUUACAACCUCGCUUGGAACAGACCUAGUGCUGAGAAGACCAUCCCUAAUCAAACCAUGAACAGUGUGGUUGAAGAUCAUGCCAUCAGAUCACCUCUGGAUGCUGUCGCCGCUUGGUUCGCCAACAUGACCGUCGACGCUGCUCUGACCCGUUCCUUGGAUGCUGAUUCCAAUACUACUGAUGAUGUACCGUGCCUCGUUGAGUUGGCCAACAAGACUGCCCCUCCUGCGUCAGCGACUCAGACCCGUGCGCAUGUGGCCAAAGCUGUCCUUCUUGAGAAGGAUCGUGCGACACACAUCAUUGCCGCUCUGGAGACUCUACCAACGGUCACGUCCAACGAUGGCUUGGACAUGCCAUCGAACAUGAUCACACAUACACCUAUCUCUCCAGACACGCAUAGUGCUCUGACCCUCGCAAAGAUUCUCUCUAUCGUUUCGCCCACCAACCCGACCCCGGCGCGCGUGCAUGCGGCGUCUGUGCUUUCUUCAAUGCACCUCAUGCCCAACAAAAUCACACUGCUCACAGCCGUGGCUGCUCACAAAGUUCUGUCAGUUUUCUCUUCUGACGCGCUGCUAUUCAACAGCGGCAAGUUAGGUUUGGAUGAUCUGGCCGGUAACCUCAGAGUCUGGAUUGGUACGCGUGCGGCCAAGACGGCAGGCCUGACGCGCGAACAGAAAGCCACAGUUGUAGAGUCUUGUCUCGGAGUCAGCAAACGUGUUGGCGGGUGGAAGGACGAAGAGGAGAAAGACAGCGGGUAUGGCAGCCUCGAGGAUGGUGAGAGGGAGGCUGCUGUCAAGGCUUAG